AUGGAUCAUAACAUAGUCAAACGCGGCAGCUCGCAACUUCGCGGCGAGCUGAAGUCGAAGGCACAACUCCUAGUCGAGACGAACUACGGCUUCCUCAAUAUCCCCGCCGAGAAUAUCAAGGACGGCAUACGAGACUUGCUCGAUCACGGCUCCUUCCUCUUCGAGGACCCAUUCGAGCGAAAAGGGGCCUUCCGCAAUCCGAUUAUACUGACGUUGCUGGUACAGCAAUGGUUUCAAGGCCGGAAGGCCGAAGCGGCGGGUAUAUUCUCCGCAAACUUCAAUCCGAUUCCCGACAAACUCAUCGCGUUGAUCGCCACGGCAGUCGAGUGUGCUUUGCUGGACUGGGAGAGCGGAACGAAUACUCCGCAUGUGAACGAUUUCACUGCGGACAAGUAUAGCCCGGUUUACGCUCGGCACAUGGAGAAUCUCCGCACCAUGCAGGAACUGAAACCGCGGAAGUUCAUCCGGCUUCAGAAAUCUCUGUGGGACGGCGCGUGGCAACGCGCGGGGCGUGCUCCACCCAAUCCAACCGUCAAAGGGGACCUUUCGAUUCUCGAUUUCAGUGACAGCGAAGACGAACUACCUCAGCAGCAAGCUAUCGCGCCUAAGGAUGCUUCGCCAUGGGAUGAGGCUGUUGAGCCUGAGCCUAAGGGUGCCGCGCCUGAGGGUGCCAAGCCUGAGGGUGUCGAGCCUGAGGGUGCCGAGCUGCUCGGGCAUGUUGACGCCGAACAAGGAGCCCCACAGAACGCCAAUACCUAA